AUGGCUAAUAAAGCUCCAAUCCGCACCAACGACUCCGCCCUCAUUGCAAUGAUAGCGGAUGAGGAUACGGUUGUUGGACUUCUGCUUGCUGGUGUAGGUAAUGUGGAUUUGCGGAGGAAGACCAAUUAUCUUAUUGUGGACUCGAAAACCACUGUUAAGCAAGUGGAAGACACAUUUAAGGAGUUCACAACAAGGGAGGACAUUGCAAUUGUGUUGAUAAGUCAAUAUGUGGCAAAUAUGAUAAGGUUCUUGGUCGACAGCUAUAACAAUCCAAUUCCAGCAAUUUUGGAGAUUCCUUCCAAGGAUCAUCCUUAUGAUCCUUCACAGGAUUCGGUUCUGUCACGAGUGAAAUACCUCUUCUCAGCUGAAUCAGUGGCCUCUGAUAGGCGUUGA